GUCGGCGGGAAGCAGCGGGCCGGGGCGCCGGGAAGCGGGUGGCGGCAGGAUGGUGAAGCUGACGGCGGAGCUGAUCGAGCAGGCGGCGCAGUACACCAACGCCGUGCGGGACCGCGAGCUGGACCUCCGGGGUUACAAAAUUCCUGUCAUUGAAAAUCUAGGUGCUACCUUAGACCAGUUUGAUGCUAUUGAUUUUUCUGACAACGAAAUCAGGAAACUGGAUGGUUUUCCUCUGUUGAGAAGACUGAAAACGUUAUUGGUGAACAAUAACAGAAUAUGCCGUAUAGGUGAGGGACUUGAUCAGUCUCUCCCCUGUUUGACAGAACUCAUUCUCACCAACAACAGUCUUGUGGAACUGGGUGAUCUGGACCCUUUGGCAGCUCUCAAGUCGCUGACUUACCUAAGUAUUCUAAGGAAUCCUGUAACAAAUAAGAAGCAUUACAGACUGUAUGUAAUUUAUAAAGUUCCACAAGUCAGAGUACUGGAUUUCCAGAAAGUGAAACUGAAAGAGCGUCAGGAAGCAGAGAAAAUGUUCAAGGGCAAACGGGGUGCACAACUUGCAAAGGAUAUUGCCAGGAGAAGCAAAACUUUUAAUCCAGGUGCUGGUUUGCCAACUGACAAAAAGAAAGGUGGGCCGUCUCCAGGGGAUGUAGAAGCAAUCAAGAAUGCUAUAGCAAAUGCUUCGACUCUGGCCGAGGUGGAGAGGCUGAAGGGCUUGCUGCAGUCUGGCCAGAUUCCCGGCAGAGAACGCAGAUCAGGGCCCAGUGACGACGGUGAAGAGGAGAUGGAAGAAGACACAGUCACUAACGGAUCUUGAGCGCCGUGUGGCCUGGGCACGGGCAGGACGUGGAAUGAUGCCAAUUGGGGAUAAGUCUUGCUUUUUGAACGUGGAGUAAUCUUAUGUCUGCAAAGUGAAAUCAUACACGUUGAUGAAAUGCUGAAAACUCUUGCUGUUCAUUUUGUAAUGUAAAUUUUGAAAUCUAAAUGUCCGUUUUCUACAAACAGUGAAGCGAAGGACAGUCCGUGUGCUGCUGAGUUGCAUCUCACCGUGGGGUGUUCGCAGUGCAGUUGUGUGGUGGUUUUUAAGUGGGGAGGGUGGGGCGGUGGCCUUACAUAGUCCUCUCUGAAUUGUUGAGAUUUUAAAGUUCUUAAUAAAAUUCAAGAUUAUCUGUC